AUGUCGUCUAGCACGGUCAGACCGACGGACCUUGCCUCUAUAAAGAAUGCUCCUCUACUGGGACUGGCGGAGGGGAUUGGCUCGUUCUCCAACCUCCAUCUGGCGGGGCUCGUGCUAGUUGUCCCGUAUGUCGCGAAAAGCUUGUUACCUCUGGUCAACCGUGGGGGCCUCAAGACGUACCUUUUCCUUCUGCUGCUGACGGGUGUGCCUACCACUGUUGGGUACUGGAUGAUUAUGUCCAACUACGGCAUGAGAAAGAACGAGAAGGUCCUUUUUCCCGGCAAGGACAUUGAGGACUAUAUCACCCUCAAGGAUCCCAAGCUCAAGGCACUGUAUAGCGGCAAGGCCAAGAUAUCAAUACAAGUGUUCCAUGACGCUUAUUUCGACGGCAAAAUCGAUGUUAAAGGCGAUAUCCUUGAUAUCCUGGAGCAGCGUCAUGACUGGGCCAAGUUCAAUUUUACUCUCGAACUAUUCAAAUAUGUGUUCAUGAACCUGCUGCCUGAGGUUAUCAUCCACUCUCAGAGUCAGGACGAAGAGCAGGUGCGAGACCAUUAUGACAGGGGCGAUGAUUUCUACGAAUGGUUCCUCGGCCCGCGUAUGAUCUACACGUCGGGCGUGAUUCUUUCUCCUGAGACGUUCGAGUCCCUGGAAACUUUGCAGGAUAACAAGCUCGCCAUUGUGUGCAACAAGCUCGACCUUCAGGCCACUGACCGCUUGCUGGAUGUGGGCUGCGGCUGGGGAACGCUUGUUGCAUAUGCAGCCAAGAACUUCGGUUGUGAUGUCACCGGUGUUACGCUUGGGAAAAACCAGACCAAGUUUGGAACGCAGCGCAUCGCGGAUAAUGGUAUCGCGGCUGACAAGGCUCGCAUUCUCUGCUGCGACUAUCGCGAUAUCCCGCGAGGCAAGGGCGUGUAUGAUAAGAUAGUCAGUCUGGAAAUGGCCGAGCACGUCGGAAUCCGUCGUUACUCUGCUUUCUUGGAGCAAAUGUACGAGUUGCUCAGCGAUGACGGCAUCUUCGUGUUUCAAGUGGCCGGGUUUCGGCCGGGAUGGCAGUUCGAGGACUUGAUCUGGGGACUUUUCAUGAACAAAUACGUCUUUCCUGGAGCUGAUGCAUCUGCCUCGCUCGGCUGGGUCGCCACCAAGCUCGAGCAGGCCAACUUUGAAAUAAAAUCUAUCGACGUCCUCGGUGUCCACUAUUCUGCGACAAUCUGGCGAUGGUACCUCAAUUGGUUGUCCAACAAAGAUAAGGUAGUCGCGAAGUACGGCGACCGCUGGUUCCGCAUUUGGGCGUACUUCCUGGCCUCUGCGACGAUCUCCAGCCGACAAGGGACUGCUUCCGUCUUCCAGUUCGUCCUGCACAAGAACUUGAAUGCCUACCAUCGCGUUCUCGGGGUCGCCAAUCAUGGAGGCAUCCAGGUCAAGCUCGGCCAGGAACCCCAACUGAUUCUGUGAAACCUGGGAAGA